GAGGCUUUUGAGGAGCAACAAAACAAUAAACAGCUACUACUACAAACCACAUCAGCGGAGUUCACGAUACACGCCAGAAGGAGUACCAACAAAUAAUUGAGACAACGCCAUCGUAUUUGCCUCGGAGUGAAGUAAUAGCCAUGUAUCUGAACAGGGAAGAGGACAAUAGCAAAGGCUCAGUGUCCCUCAGUGUGUUCCUGGUCUCCCUCGCAGUGACAGUGUGUGCUGUUUGGCUGGUGGCUCUUUGUGGCGUCUGUGGUUGGUGUCAACGCAAGCUGGGGAAGAGGAAUAAGCCAGGAGUGGAAACAGCAGACACUCCAGACUCGGCACGUGGGCGAGGGGAGAAGAAAGCCAUCAAUGAUCUAGACAGAGACUUUUGGAAUAACAAUGACAGCAGCACAGUGCAGCAGAGGUGGAGCUCCUAUCCGCCCAAGGAGUUCGUACUAAACAUUUCUCCUUAUGCCCCAUAUGGAGAUCCUCGCCUCACACUCAACUUUGGGGAUCCAGUCUUAUCGUAUGCGUCCACUUUGGAGCACAUCCCCACCCGGCCGCGGACGCUGUUGCGGCAGCAGAGUCUUCAGCAGCCUCUCAUCCACCCGCCCGGCUCUGGUCUCGGCCAUCCCCCCACCACAUCCCAGAGUUUGGGACAAUUACACACUGUACCUGAAAAGCCUGGGGGAGGCGGGGGUGCUGGGAGAGGAGAGGGAGGUGGCAGCAGCAGUGGAGGUGAGGGUGGGGGUGCAGGUACACGAGGCGGUCCCAGGGGUGCACGGGGCAGCCCUUCAGGAGCAGGGGCCUCUCGCUGUAGGGGAGGUGGUGCAGGAGGGCGAACACGUGGCAAUCCUGGCAGCUGGGAUUACAUGAUGGACCAGAUGCGGAAUCGUGGCAUGGACGCCAAGUCCUUCCUUGAAGGGAAGCUGGUGGUCCUGGCUUUGGCCAUUGGUGUGGCCGAGCAAGAUGACUUUGCCAAUAUCCCUGACCUGCAGGAAACAGCGCAGGCAGCACCACCAGCCAAUCAGGAGCCCCCUCCUGAGAAGAGGGGCAACAAGCCAGCUAACAGCCCCAAGGGCCAACCCCCUGAUGCUGACGGCCACUCCUCCGUCACUGACCUGGCCAACUCUCUCACUGGAGACAUGGUGAUGCUGUCUCCAGGUUCGGAGGAUGAUGACGGUGAAGGACCGAUCAGUGAGAAGCUGGGCCGGAUCCAGUUCAGCAUAGGCUACAGCUUCCAGAACACAACCCUCACCGUCAAAGUUCUCAGGGGCCAGGAGCUCCCGGCCAAGGACUUCUCCGGCACCUCCGACCCCUUUGUCAAAAUCUACCUACUGCCCGACAAAAAGCACAAGCUGGAGACCAAGGUCAAGAGGAAGAACCUCAACCCCCACUGGAACGAAACCUUCCUGUUUGAGGGCUUCCCUUACGAGAAGGUGAGAGAGCGCACUCUAUACCUUCAGGUGUUGGACUACGACCGCUUCAGCAGGAAUGACCCCAUUGGAGAGGUGUCAAUCCCCCUCAACAAGGUGGAACUGGGCCAGAUAAAGACCUUCUGGAAGGAGCUCAAGCCCUGCAGUGAUGGCAGUGGGAGACGAGGAGACCUGCUGGUGUCUCUCUGCUAUAAUCCCACUGCCAACACCAUCACUGUGAACAUCAUCAAAGCACGCAAUCUCAAAGCCAUGGAUAUCGGGGGCACCUCAGAUCCUUAUGUGAAGGUGUGGCUGAUGCACAAGGACAAGCGUGUAGAGAAGAAGAAGACAGUGACGAUGAAGCGCUGUUUGAACCCCAUCUUUAACGAGUCCUUCCCCUUCGACGUGCCCGCCCAUGUGCUGAGGGAGACCACCAUCAUCAUCACCGUCAUGGACAAGGACAGGCUCAGCCGCAACGAUGUUAUCGGCAAGAUCUACCUAUCGUGGAAGAGUGGACCAGCGGAGGUGAAGCACUGGAAAGACAUGCUCGCUCGGCCGCGUACUAACGUUGCCCAGUGGCACGCUCUCAAGGCCUGAUCGCACCGCCCAGCUUCCUCCAUGGCCCCUUCCCGCCUCUUGCUCCCCCGUCCUCCUCCCUCCCCUCCUCCCACUCCCGUCCUUAUGCACAAGACUGACUUGCUGCCAGGCUGCGAAACACGGGUACAAUUAGCCAUCUGCUCUCUUAAACCUUUAAACUCUUUUCUUUUCAAAAUCUCUAUUCCUCUCCGACUUCUUCUCACUUCUUCUGUUGCCUCCCUCUUCAUUCCUAGUUUCUGUGUCUCACCACUUUGCCAAUGGUCCCCCUGUUUCUGACUGUCUGUACGUCUGUCUGUCCUUAUGCACUUUGCCUGUGGAGAUCUGAUGAUCAGUUUCUUUGUCGACCCCUUGGUUCUGAACUGCACUGCAGCCCCCCGACCCAUUUAAGGUGCCAGUCCCGUGGGAUCACAGAGAAUCUUAAGUAACGAUCUAAUCUUAUAUAAUACUAUUGUAAGACUAUUCCAGGUACACAAUACUAUACAGUAUGUACAAUAUGUACAUAUACAUAUGAAUAUAUUAGGCGAAUAGAUUGGCAGAACUCCCCCUAUACACGUGAUUAAUAUACGGUAUGUUAUCCAUAGCCUGUCAGCUGUUUCCCAUCUCUCCUGUCUCUUCAUUUGUCUCCUUGUCACCGUCUCAAGUGAACAAUAUCCUCUCCCCAUUUCAGUCCUCCCUCCUUUUACUCAAAAGUGGUUUAAUGUUCAGCUGAAGUUGUGGAAGGCAAUCAAUACUCGGUGUGUGAUGAAACCAGCUGAACUCAAGAUGGGAUUGUUGAUACCGCUGUCUCUUUUUCUCCCUCCUCCUUUUCCCCCCCUCUCUAUGCUCUUCUUUAUCACUUUUUCCCACUUAUUGUUCCCUCUUUCUCUUCCUCUGGCACAAUAUUAGUGUUUCCAACCCUUUUCUGGACCCCCGCCCCCCCCACCCAACCUCCCGUUGUCGUCUGUGUGCUGUGGGUGCUGUGCUGUAGCUCCAACAAAAAUAGAGAUUAAAAAGAAAAAAAAAUAAACUGAACUUUCCGGAACUGGGAAAGCGGGAACACAAUAAACUUAUGAAAUGGAUCGCUCCUGAUUUUACCAGACAAAAAGCCUUGACAUGGAGAGAGAAAAAAGAAGAUGAAAAAAACAAAAAACAAACUCAAAACCCCCAUGAUACGAUGAUGUCAUUUUUCACAGCAUCACCAACUGAAGAAACCAAUUUAAAAUCUUCCAAUUUUAAGAUGAAAACAGAAAGUUUGCGCUGUUUGUGCACACUUGUGUCUGUUUAUCGAUGCUAUGAAUUCUUUGUGCUGCCCUGUGCUGUUGUCUUGUGCUGAUGGGGGUCGACCUCCUCCAGUUUCGACUGUAAGGUGUGCUGCGGUGAUGUGUGCCUGUUGCUGUGUGUGUGUGUGCGUGCAUAUGUGUGUGUGUGUGUGUGUUCACAGGAGCAACACAAUUCAGACUCGGCAGAAAUCUUCUUCUCUUUUCUCUUUCUCAUCUUGUGCUCUUCUUGCUCUUCUUACUGCCAUUGUUUCCCCAUCCUCCUUUUCUGCCCUGCCUUCUGAACGAAGGCACAGGGAAGUUCUAUCUGCACUUUUUGAAAAUGUAAUAACAAUAAUAACGGUGAUGACAGUUUUGAUGAUGAUUACAGUACUGGUGAAAAUUAAGGGAGGAGAAUCUGAAAGGGUGAGCAGCAGUUGGGGAGAGGAGAUGUCCGCUCUGUGAUUUCUGGGUCUGGAGACAAAGUGGAGGACACAGAGGACGGAUGUAGGGCUCUCAUCCUCCUCUUUUCGUGCCUCUUUUGUCCUCUGUGUGUGUGUGUGUGUGUGUGUGUGUGUGUGUGUGUGUGUGUUUGUAUGUCAGCUACCAGACUCCUGGUGGCAGGCUGCUAAUGUCUGAAAUGUCAGGCGAGGAUGGAGAGAUCAGGCUCGUCUGCUUGUCACACCGAGGUCUGGCCAGUACAACAGUGCUGUUACACGAUGUGCUGAUGAACAGCGAGCAUGCACAGAGCUUUAAACAAGAAUCUCCUGCAUGAGUCUGUGAUGCUGAACCAUCGGUGCAUGUUUGUAAACAGUGAGACAGAUGUGCAUUUUGGCUUUAACGCCGAAAGGAAAAAAAGAGAGGGCCUCUGUGAGUUUUUGUUGUUGUUCACAUUAACUACGAGCAACUGUGUAUCACAGACGGUGAGUGUGAUAUUAGAUGAUGGUCUGAUCUGCCGCUGUGAGAUACUGUAGAAGCAGAUUAGACAUUAUCUCUUCCCUGAGUGCUUGAGAGCACCACAGAGUGUACUGGUAGCUGCCCUGCUUGUCAGGCACAUUCAGCUCAACUCGAUAUUUCUGUAACGUAAAUAAAACAGUCACAAAGCACCAACAUGAAUACUGUCAGCCAUUAAGAGCUGCUCACACAGACUCUUUCUCAGUGUACUCCACUGUAACUGUCUGUCUGUCAGUCUGCAUUUUCACAUUCACAAAGUCUUGUGAAGCGUAAUCCUGUAAGGAUUUGUUUUUUUUUACUGGGAGCGGCUCAGUUUUUUAUGUCUUAAUGAGCAUCCAACUUUCAAAAAUCUCUCCUGUUAGACUGACUUAGCAAGCAAAUAUAAUCAGUUGCUUGCUUUAUACUCAAAGCAUCACUGCCUCUGUUAAUGCAGCAUUUGUAGUUCCUGAUAACUCUGACCGCAUUAAACUCCACGCCUAAAAUAUUGAGGGCCCCACAGUGGAUUUUAUUUUCUCCUGUCUUAACAGGCAUUAAUCGAGAAAAAUAUCUUUUGUGCUUGUUUUGAUUUAUGAUAAACUGAUUAUUUUAAGAUUAUGUAACUGUAGUCUAAUUUGCACCAGGUUAGUCCUCGUCUGGUGUCUCUAUAAGCGGGUCUGGGCAGCACACAGUGUGCUAUGAACGCGUUCUGGGCAGUGUGUUUCGUGUGAGACUCGGUGCUGGCUGCCGUAAUGCACUGAUCCAGUCCAGCACCCUUCAGAACAAUUGGCCAGCCGUGGAACAGGGCCCACUGUUUUGACAGCCACUGCCUGCAGUGUCACAGCACAUUACAUUCCCAUUAGGUGGUCAGAAAGGAGCAAUAUCUGCUUUCAUGGACCUAAGGGACUCACUAUUUGCAGAGGUAAUACUCGCUAAGAAUAAAACACAAACUAUGUGAGCGCUCUCAUUAGUAAGCAUGAAGAUGAUGGACAGGGAUAAAGGCCCGUCAGUCAAAACGAGGAAAAUAAUCAGGAGGCGAUUACUGCGUGAAGCUGUGAAAACCAAACGUGGCUUGAAUGUGCAGGUGUGCAGGUGAUGAGUCAACACAAUACCUCUGCCAUUUCCUUUCACCAAGAUUAUGUGUAGCGCACAGAGUGAUAAAUUGCCAUGCUACGAGGGUUUACAAAGCUUAGUCAUCAGUGACCCUGUAAACUGGAGGAUAUGGUUUUAUUUUUAGUAACAUGAGGCACAGCGUGAUGUCGCUGAUCCUCGAAGGUAGACUGCAGGGUUUUAAGACUUACUGACUGCUUUUGAGUACAGACUUUAAAUGUAAAUCUGAUGCACGGUAUUUUCUAUUUUUAAAAAGUUAACUGGGACGGCCAUUGAAUAAUUAGUCAGUGACACAUGGGCAGGGGCAAGAGGUUAGCGAGCUAAAUAGAACGGUGAAAUGCCAGAAAAUGUGUUUCUUUGUGUAAUUUUAGGACCCAUUGUGUUUAAUUGACGUUGGCUUUACUUCCUCAUUGUUUGGAGUCCCGAGGACACCACAGCUGUGCUUGUAAAAACAAUAAUAAUUUUUGCAAUUUUUCCCAUUAAAGUGGCUUAUAAAAUUACAAAGUAUCAAGUUACAAUUAAAAUAAGGAUUUUUGAGAAUGAUCACCCAAAUCUGCAGUUUCCCUCGAGAACUUUAUAGUUUCAGCUCAUUGUUUUAACUGUCUGGGCCAACAGUUUUUGUUUUAGGUCACUCUCACCACUUGAAUGCCAUCAUUUUAGAGAAAAAGCUCUUAAAACUCACUGAAUACUAUCUGCUCAUCACCAAACAACGACAAACACAGUCGACUCACAGAGACUCACUAGUGAUCAUAGUCAAGAAUUUAGCAGCUAAAAAGACAGAUGUUACAAAAACAAAGAAUGUUGCAUUUCCUCCUGUAGCUAUUCCACAUACAGUAGUGUAGUUUCUUAUUCUGCCAUUUUCCUAUUAAUCUCUCUAUUAAUCUCACAAGAAGAAAUACUUCAUGUGCUUCAUUUUCAUAAAAUUAGAAACAUUUAUUAAAUAUUGAGCUGAUAAAACAAUGUGAUGUAUUCCUUGGACAAGCCCGUGUGCAAAUAUUCAUUUAGCAGGUAUCUAACAUUUAUCUUAAUUUAUCUACAUAAAGAGUGUUUAAGUGACUAUUCAUGCUCAUGGUCACAAGUUCACUAUCACUGCUAAAAGGAACAAGAACAUUAUAGCGAAAUGUGAUUGUAAAAUUGCUUUUACUUUUAUAAAAUUCAGUUUUAAAAGUUGUUUACUUUUUGGGGACACUGUGUACCACAGUGACAUAUGAUUCAUCACGGAGUACCCAGAAAGUUGCACAGAAUAACCAGAAGUCUCAGACAUUAUGUUCUCUCAGCGCCAGCAGUCACCCAGCAGCACCAUUAAAAUGGAUGGUGAGCUCAGAGCCAAACAGUAUAAAGGAGAAAGCUAUUUCCACAUCCAAGUUUUAUUAUUCUGCCACCUGUCUCACACCUCUAAACGUAUUGCGUUUUGUUGGCACCAACACUGUCAGCAGCGACCUUCAACAAUCCCGAGCUCAUGAAUACAGCAUGGCAGGGCUGCAGAUGCUCCCAGUCAAGACUUUUCCAGACUAACUCCACUCCAUGUACUUGCUCUCCUUGUGUUCAGCCUCAGCUCUGUCUUUCAUCAGUGUUUCAUUCCCCGGUGAAGCCACAACUGCUCUGUGCAGGUGUGGAUAAUUACAGUUUGAUUACAUAGGUUUAAUUCAAUGAGAGAGACACAGCCAACACUGCCCACAACUUUGCCACCGAAUUAAGGCUCUUAAAACUGACUUUGGAGUUAUGCAAAUUACGUUUUUACCCACUUUAUUAGAUUUUCACUUGUUAGAUUUCAAUCUGGACGGUGUUUUCUAAUUUCUAAUUUCAGGUUUUCUGAAAACUUCUUCAACUUAUGAAAAGGAACUUUAAAUUUGUGUUGAUUUUGGCAGCCGCUGUGGACAAAAGUGGUUGUAAAGUGUGUCAUAAAGACCUUGACCUGGCUUGCACAUGCAUUGUUUUGGAAGUGAGUGAAAGAAAGAUGCAACUUAUUUUUACUAAUAUUUUUCUGAAAAGCAUAUGAUUAAUCUGUUCUAUUCUAUUAACUGUCACAUGACUUUAGUGAAACAAAGUAAAGGUUGUUUUAGCCAACAACGUACAUUGGUUACAUCUCAUUGUUCCAAUGGCCCAAGAGUCCAAAUAAGUGAUUAUUUGAACCCAGACCACUUCUUUCCCUGACUUUAACCAAUUGUUAUUUUUUCCCUAAAACUAACCAUUACUUUAUCACAGUAUUGUCACAAGAAGCACAUCAAAAUAUACAGUGGAACCAAGAUUGCUUUAACUCAACUCUGUUAAUCAUUCUGGAUAGUUGUAAGGCCAGCAGGCACUGGACUCCAGUGUGUGUUUUGUGUGGAGAAUUGAGCCAUCGGAACAUUGAGCAGUCCCUGGUGCAAACAUAGACUCUUCAGGUCUGCGGGUGAUAAAUUGUUUGGUCUAAUUUUGGAAUUCAACCUGGAGAGGGGAAUCUUCUUUCGUCUUUUGUAGAUCAUUAUAUAAUUGAGACUGGAGUCAUGUGCAUCAACGAAUUUCUUUGUGCAUUUUGAAGAUUUGCAUGAGAAAUGCACGAUGGAAACCAAAAUUCUAUAAAACUUAAAUGUGUAAAAAGUUUAAACACUUGCUUGAGGUGGUUUUUGUCUUUUUGGAAAAAUAGUUAAUGCUCUAAACAAGAGAUGGAAAUGCUUUUUCUGAAUAGGUUCUGAAGUAGCGAACAUUUAACUCACAUGACUGGUCAGCUGUUUCUGCACUGCCAUGAAAGAACAAUUAUAAGUUGCCCAAUGGAAUCAAGUUUCUGAAGACAUUUUCUCUCGUUGGUAGCUAAGCAAACUCUUGUUUUGUUGUUUUUUCUUUCUGUCGCAAUCUCUACUUCUUCUACUGUUUACUGACGGAUUAGCCUAGAGCAAAACAUUACACUGCCAUCUUCUGACACUAUGUAAGAUUAUGCAGCUUUGUUUAUUCUCUAUAUCAGUUGAUGGAAACAUCCCUGAUUCACAUUAUCAAAUCAAAAUUUUGCUUAAAACACUUAAUUCACUUUGACUCUAAUGGAAACAUGAGUUAGAAACUUUUUGUAGGUGCUUUAAUUAAAGCCAUUGUAAACAUUAUUCUAGCUAAACAUCAGCGUGUUAGCACUGCCACUGUGAGCAUGUUAGCAUUAGCAUUUAGCUCAAAACCCUGCUGUGUCCAAGUACAGCUUCAUAGUGCUGGUAGCUGUCUCCAGCAGCUUUAUUUAGUGAGGGAGAAGACUCAUCUCCUGGACUUUUAUCUUCUGUUUAUUUAGGAGAUGGGUGUGUCCAGCCCAAAUUUAUCAUAGUCACUUGCAGCCUUCCCUUCACUGUUUACUUUGUAAAUAAGUGAAAGCUUUAUUGGCUCAAGGGGUCACGCCUGUUUGCCAAGGGAUUAGCAGAAUAUUCUUCCGAGGCUGAUAUUGUUUGUCCUUGUCAUUCUCGCAGCCUAUUUCUUAUUCUGCGACGCUAGUUUUCCUUGAUGGAUAUGGCUUUCUUAUGAUGAUCGUCAAUGACUCACUGUAUUGGAAAGGUGCCUGCUUUGCUGUAGUUUGUGCAAUAUUAAAUUAAAGGUACACUGUGCUUUGUCUUGGAGAGCUUUAGGUGUGUGUGUGAGUUAAAAUCAGACUAUAGUAAUCUCAUCCUGGAGCGACCGCAGUUGAUGUUUAAUUCUGCUGAAUCAUAUUAAGACGGCUGAGUCAGCCUAGAAGUAUUCUGGGUCACCUUUAUCAUUUGUCCAGUGUGUGUGUGUGUGUGUGUGUGUGUGUGUGUGUGUGUGUGUGAGUCUCACCCUGUGCAGACAGACCUCACCUCCUCUAACUCACCCUUUCAAUUGUUUUAAGCAUCUGGUGAAAACCAAUGUGACUCCUCCCAAUCAGGGUUUGAGUAAGCAUUAUUUGAAUGGUAACAAAAAUGAAUAUGAAAAACAAUAAUGAGUAAUAAUAUAUUUUUCUUUCUGUUCACAUUUGACUGUUGGUCAGUGUGUAUGUAUGUGUGUGCUUGGUGUUCUUGUGUUGGGUUUAUUUCUUUAUAAAAACGUGAUAAGAAAAAUCCUUCUGUUUUUGGAAACUUUAUGUAAAUAUCGUUGGUGAAAAUUAACAUUUGUUGUAUGCCGAGUUUUCAUUUGUCACUUGAAAUGAUGAAGAAAACAAUGAUAUUGAUGAAUAACAGUGGUGAUGUUGAUGAUGCUGAAGCUGAUUAUACCUGCCCUUCUUGAAUAAGGGCUUUUGAUGUCCGCUGUAUUUUUGUUGGAGGUGUCGUGAGGUCGGGGCAAGAGAAAUAAGGGAAGGAGUGCUACCCAACACAUCCCAGGCCCGCUGUAGCAACACUGCCACAUACCUUUUACCCCCCACCCCCUGCACAUUUUCAGGAAAUAGACUGAAUGAUGUGUGGCAUGAACUGUAGCCUGUCUUAUUUACGCCAUAAAACAUCUUUGUAUUUUUGUUACAAAAACAGAGGCUGUGUGAGAAGACUGUUCCCCUCCCUGUGGAGUCAGUCUGCCCCGGUCGCCUGGCAUCACAUCUCCCCCUGUCUGCUUAUAGGCUUGGGGAUUUACUGUAAUGCCAUUGUGUUAGACGGGGAUUGGCCCUGUACUGACACUGAUGAUGCCUUCCUCAUUGAAUUGUGAGUCAUUAUUGCUUUGCUGGAGGCCAUACAUGGGGAUGGGCAUGUAUGGAGGAAGGAGUAGACUCCACGUGGAAGGAUGUACAUCAUCCGUCUGACCCUGUAAAGACAAUUUGCAUGCUUGUGAUUCAGCCUCUUAUUCUGGGGUUAGACUCAUGAUUAAGCACAACUGACUGCCGUGAACUCACCACAUAAUGUUCUUGUCUCCUGCUUAGUCAGAUAUUUAUAAGAGCUCUCAAACUCCAGCAAAAAGAAACUGCGGAUUAGUGCUAUAAACUGGCAGACAUCGUCGAAAUAUGGGGGUUUAAUCAUUUAAAGUAAAUGAGGGAGAAUAGUGGGAGAUUGAUUUUUCCAAAUGACCAAAAUGUGCCCUGUGCCUUCACGACAGACAUCUAUUCAGCCCACUGCUGCAUCCAAAAAAUAAAAAAUGCACAGGGCUGUAGUCCAGUUUUUUUCACUGCAGGUGUUUGCACACCUACUUCCCUAUUUUCCAUAUGCCACAGCCUUAUGUAUCUGGCAGGGCCUGUGUACAGUGCAGGGACGGAGCUUAUCAGUUUCGUAUUACUUUUAGGACUGUCUCCGCCGCAGACGUGAUACGGUACAGCAGAUACUCCCAGCAGCUGUCUGAAGGAAGGACAGUGGAUACAGUCCUGCCUUCAUUUGUAAUACCAUCCUUUAGAGGGACUCCCAUGGGGAGCUGGAAAAUACACACAGACGUACACAAACACAUACACACAUACACACACACACACACACACACACACACACACACACACACACACACACACACAAUCUGUCAUUUCUCAAUGCACUGAAAAUGAAUUCUCCCUAAAUCCAGAUCCCUCAGAAUACGUGUCUUUCCUUCCUCGCUGGUUGUAAAUAGACUUCGGUUAGAGCAGCCUCUAACUCCUGCCAUAUUGUGGACAUUUUUAAUCAGGUAGGUAAUAAGCAAUACACUUAACGCUUAAUCUUAACGCCAUACACUGAAAUAUUACUUACCGAGUCCCACGGUGACUCUUUUUGCGUUAAGGGAUGUCGAGGGUAACACUCCUGUUUCUCCACCUCCUUUCUCAACUUGCCAUGGCCCACCUCUUCAACAAAGAGUGCUCUAACUUAAAACACACAAUUGUGAUGUGUACAAUCUAAUUUAAUGUAUUUAUUUAUGUAUUUUUGCCAACUUUGUAUAGUGUAUAAAUAUCUAUAAAUAUAUGAAAAAUGACAGUACUGUAUAGAUUUUAGCUGCCUGGUAAGGUUAAUAGUAUAUACUUGGUAGUCUAAAAGAAAAAGCGUAGAGCUGUUCAAAAGCCAGUCAUUGAGAAAAUGCUUUCUGUAAAACCCGAUGCCACUGGCUCUUUUUAUAUCCUAGGUUUCGUUUCUGGUUUAUUUAUUUUUUUAUUGCCAGUGGGAUCCAAAGUGUGUGUUGUUUCUUCUUUUUUCGUCCGUUUGUUUGUUAAUCGGUUCGUUUGUUGUUUUUUCUUGACGAGACACAGCGAGGUUCUGGCAGCCAGGAGAGUGCAGUGGAACGCAGACUGGGACCCUGUGCAGUAGUGUGUGUAUGCGUGUGUGUGUGUGUGUUAGGUGUGUGUCCGUCCAUGGUAGUGCUAGUGCUCUCUGUGCAGUGCCUCCCUCCUCCCUCCCUCUCUGAUGUAGUUUGUCAUGUGACGCAGUGCGUGUUAAGGUGCAGGAUGACUGUUGGCUGAAGCUGGCAGAUGCCCUCUCUCCUCCCUCUCUCUCUUUGUGUGUCUCCUCAUGUCCACUCUGCUUCUUCUUCAUUACAACGCUUCAUCUUAAUCCUCCACCAAGUAUAGAUUUCCACUUCCUCUGCUCAAUUGCUCAUUUACUCUCCCAUUCAGCUGGUAAUGCAUACACCACCAGAGUCUAAUUUCCCAGUAAUCCAUGCUUCCUCAUCUAUCUGUGAUUCUUUGUCCAUUAGCAGCUCUCAUCCGUCACCCUCACCUUGCUUUUUCCUCCAGAGCUCUGUGGACCAGAGAAUGAUUUAGCACAAAAAAGAGAGCAUCCACCUCAUCCCCUGGUCAUACCUUCAUGUCCUUUCCUCUGUUUCGCCUUUGACCCCCUCUCUGUACUCUCGGAGGAGAAGGGCGGCUGCCGGCUCAGCGCACAGAAACACAAAGCAGCCAUAUUCAGAUGUCAAGCACAGAACUGUGACUCAAAUCCAUGUUGUGGUGGCUUCAGUGCCGCCCCGUUUGUAGCAAGAGAAAGAGAAUAGCCUUAAAGAUUGGACCAACUACACAAAAAAAGUAGUGGGAUAUGUGCAUUUGUAGUGGACUAUUAUUACCUUCCCUUUCCCACACCAGAUUUAUUACUCAGUAUUCCGACGUGUUGCUUGGUUGCUCUGUACAUAUCUGUGUAGUACUUCUGUUGAUGUCCCUGUGUUAGGAUAGUAACGGGUUCUUACUGGGCGGCCUCCGCAGACGUCCUCUCACCUCCUAUCUCGUCUCAUUUCCUCAAAAACUUCAAACAUUCCAUCUUGAUCUCAAGUGAGAAACAUUUUAAAGAUUAGAUUAUCACGUAGGCUGGGAGUAAAACAGCAGAGGGACAGAGACACAGACAUUUCCACUGGAGCCAUGAUAAUAACCAAGACGUCUUGUCUGUGUUCACGUCCCUCUGAGGACUGAUAGCACACUCAGCAUAAAGGCCUUCACACUCGCCUCUCUGCUCCUCCAGAACCCACCUUCACGCUGACCUCACCGGGCGCUGACAGGUCAGCGGCUCACCGACCGGUUUGAGGAGCCACUGACCUCCAGCAGGGUGAGAAGGGUGAGGUAGGUGAGGAGGCGGGAGAGCCCUGGGAGGCGACAGAGAGGCUGGUCCCUGUGGUCACUUCCUGGGUAAGGAGGGAAGGGAGCGAGGGCGUCUCAAGGUCAAACCCAGUAGCACUUUGGUUUUGCGUUCCAUGUUUUUUUAGCCUCUCCUGUUUUUUGGCCGAGCGGACUGUGAUCUUACUGGUUGAUUUUCUCGUUCUCCUCCACCCAUCAGUGUUACAGAGUGUGUUGGGUGGACGGAGCCAUGGAGCUGAGCUCUGAUUUUGUUCCAUAUUAAAGAAUCAUUUUUACUA